CUCAAGACUCCCUCUCUCUUUGAAUUCAAGAGGUUGUCUGUUUUGUUGUCGUGGCUAAAUGGCACAGGGAAAAUUUGUAUUCUAGCCUUUGAAGUCGAAAUUUUUUCCGUCUACGACCAUGAAGAAAAGACGCAAUGGGGUCCAUGUACACCAUCAUACUUUGAAAACCAUUCGAGCUGUUGUGGUGGGAAAAGAUGGCGUUGGAAAAUCAGCUCUCACAGUCCGGUUCCUGACCAAACGUUUCAUUGGCGAGUACGACAGAACAUUGGAGGCAACUUACCGGCAUCACUUGUUGGUUGAUGGCCAGUUUGUGCCAUUGGACAUCAUGGAUACAGCAGGAAAGAAUUCCACGGAGAAGAUGCAACUGUGUAUGUCUUUCGCAGAGCUCUUUUUUGUGGUUUUCUCGACAACGGAUCGGACGUCGUUUGAAGAAGCAUCACUUCUGGCUCGUUACAUCAUACAAGGCAAACCUCUGGGUCCCACUGGCCCAACUAUAAUGAUAGUGGGAACCAAGGCUGACCUCGAGUUCGCUCGAGAGGUCGAGGAACAAGAAGGAAGGCUGCUAGCUGAAGAAUUAAGCUGCGGAUUUUAUCAGGUUUCCAAUGCAGAGGGUUAUUUGGAGACACAAGAGCUGCUAUUUGAUUCAGUGAAACGUUGCCUCGACAAAGGCAAAUCUUCGGCGUUAACAAGAGUCAGAGAAGGAAUUGUAGAAACGGCGAAGUCAUUCCGAAAGAGAUCGUUAGGCCACGAAGUGGCUAAGUCCCAGCGCGAGGGAUUGCAAGGGACGAGACUCAGGUCAUUCAGCGAUGUUGAUCCCAUCCACGAGGCUUCUAAGGUUAAAUCUUCCAGUCAAGAAGAUUUAUCCCAAGAUGGAGAAAACCAUCGAAAUUCAGUUGUAUCGACGGCAAGUUUUUAAAAGUAUUCCUUGUAUGAAAUUUGAAGAAGCAGAAAUCAAGGUCGUGAAAAAUUGUCACGUGACACAGAAACGCAGAUUAAGGGGGAAGAAAAAAAUUCAAGAGGAAUCUAACAACAGCAAGUCGAUAGCAUGAUUAAGGAGUUUUGAAUAGAAUCGAAUACCGAGAAAAAAAAUUUGCAGAUUAUUUGUUACUUUCAAUUGGGGGAUUAGCUUAUUAUAGAUGCUGGAAGAAACUUAUCACUGACUGUAGCUGUUUAAUACGAUGCUUUUAAAUGUUAAUAAGUAGUUUCUCAGAGAUCGACUUUGAAAUAAAUGCUAGCGCUAAGAAGUCACGACGUUUCGACCUCUCUGAGGUCA